AUGACUGAAUGCAUUGUGGAAUCACUGUUAUCCCGCUCAUUUGGAUUGAGACCUUUUUCCGAGAAACGAGAGAUCGUCGAAGGUGGCCGUCCCACUCCUGAGUUGCAAGGACUACAUACAACAUGCAAGCGAAGUGACAAGACAGUCUGGUGCAAGAAGGGAUACGAUGAUUUGGCCAACCUGUGUAAUGCCGUCAACAGACACGAGAAAACGAAGACACACUUGUCCAGUUGCCUAAUGAAUGCCAGUUUUGGGCGUACACGCAUCGACAUGCAGCUAGACGAACAGGCCCGUCAACACAUCUCAGCUCACAACUUGAUGGUGCACAAGAAUAGAGAAGUACUUCGCCGUUUCAUUGAUGUUGUUUGCUUUCUUGGCAAACAGGAACUUUCUUUCAGAGGUCGGGUGGAGCUGGAGGAGUCUGCCAACAGGGGCAAUUACGUCGAAUUGAUAAAACUGCUAAGUGCAUAUGACCCCACGCUUGAACAGCAUCUUCAUACAGCAACCGUGUUUUCUGGACUUUCUAAUCGUAUCCAGAACGAUUUGAUUGUUGCUGUCAAGGACGUUAUGUUGAAAGCAAUAAAAGAUGAAGUGAUGAGGAGCCCAUUUGUCGCUAUUUCCCUGGAUGAAACCUCCGACGUUAAGACCUUAUCGCAGCUAACAACUAUAGUUCGCUAUGUCAACCCAGAUGGUAAAGCUGUGGAGCGCUUUCUUGGAUUUACCGAUUUAAGUGAGGAUAGAACUGCGGCUAGACUGAAACAAGAAGUCGGUAAAACCCUGAACGAGUACGGAUGCGGCGAAAAACUGAUUGCCCAAACGUAUGACGGUGCGAGUGUGAUGUCAGGAGAACUGUCCGGUUUGCAAACACGACUGUCUCGUCAACUAAAGAGUGUCGUAUAUUUUUUAAAACCGUCACUGGUCUUUCAUCCUUUUUUUCACGCCUCGUCCAAGAGAACAUACCUGUUGGACACAGUUGUCGGCAGACGCAUUCCCACUGGAACAGCUGUUCGAUGGCACUAUCAGAGCAGGUUAAUCCAUGCUGUACUGGAGACAAGAGCAAAGCUGCUCGAAGUUUUCGAAUACAUCAUCGAAAAUGAUGACGAGUUUGACGGUACGACGUUAAACGAAGCGAGGGGCUACCGACAAGCUCUUGCAGAUUUCCAGUUUGUGUUCUGCCUUAAAAUAUUUUCAGAAAUAUUUGGUCUUACGGAUGUUUUGUAUAAUAUCAUUCAGAGUAAGCAGUUCGAUAUUGUCUUCUGUGUCACGAAAGUUCGCGAGACGAAAGAUAAGAUUCAAGAACAACGAACAAAAUUCGUAGAUUAUUGGAAUUUUACGUCAAGUAUCGUCAAAGUAGCACUGAAACGCGGGCAAAGUGAAGAGGAUGUAAAGGCGUCCUUCCGUCAAAUGUUUUUCUGUGUAGUCGAUACCAUUGUCGUGCAGAUUGACUCUAGAUUCGAAAGUCUUAACAGCAGAGCAUUCCUUUCUUUGUUGGAUCAUUCAAAGCACGAAUUGUAA